UUGAAAACCUAUUGCUGUUUGGAGGAACCCAUCAAUUGGAAUUGAGGGUUUCGUUGGGUUCCGGUUAAUUUUGCCGGGAAAUUUUCGGAAUGAGUAAUUCGUCGCCGGCGCAUUCUUCGAUGUCAGGAGAAAGAAAUGGUAGUGGUGGUGCUGCUGGUUUGUCUACAGAUGAUUUCUACCACCCAUCUGAUCUCAUUUCGAUUCAGGAUCGAAAAGACGAGGCUAUGCAAGUUUUAAAGGCCAAUCUCAUGGCUGCCCUUAAUAAAGAGGUUAAAUCACUUGAUGAAGAUAACUGGAUGUUUGAAGGGCCACGGUCUCGUAUCAACCUAAUAUCUAGACAAGGGGGAUUUCUCCAGAAGCGACUGGGCAUCUCAAAGAAUUGGAAUUUGGCCGGACCAAGAUGAUAUGCAGCAUCUCUUUGUUUAUAACUUUGCAUGAUGUGUGAGGUUCUUGAACCCAUAUUUUCCUUUUCUUCUUUCACUGUUUUUGAGGAGUGGACAUGUAAAUAAACUUUGACUUGAACGCCAAAAAAGACAUGCAAGUGAAAGUGUGAAACAAUACAAGCAUUGAAGCAUAUGGAAUUUAAUCGAGUUUGUCCAUUA